AUGCGCCGCUCCGCUCUUCCGUCCUACGCGCUCGAUGCGGCGGCUGCUGCACCCGCCGGGCGACACACGCGCUGGUGGCUGCUGUUCUACGUGGUGCUGGGAUUCUACGCGCUUACGGUGCUCGGCUCCUUCGUCGUGGGCUGGGCGCCGCAACCUCCGGCUCCGCAGCAGCAACAGCAAGUCCUGCUGCAACAGCAGCGGACGGUGGUGGACGCCGCGCCCGUCAAGGUGGGGACGACGGACUCCAACGAGCCGGAGGAAGGCUGGCCCGCGCAGGAGCUGAACGGGGGCGAGACGGAGGAGAGGGAGAUGCAGCGAGAGCUGGAGCAGCAGCAAGAACAGCAGCAGGAGCCACAGCAGCAGGAAGGUGCGGCCGAGGAUGAGAACGCUGCAGCGGAAGUGACUACUCCUGCGCUCAGUGAAUUGGCGACUGCUACGCCUAGUCCGACUACGACGACCCCUGCUACCACGAGUCCGAGCACUCCGGAGGUGCAGAUUCUUGCGGAGAAGAACGUCGAGAUCCCCACGCGGCAGAAUGACGUGGUGCUGGUUGCUGCGAACGAAGAUGAGACGAGGCAGGAGCAACCCACCCCUGAACCAAGUGAAACGAAGGCUUCGAGUCAAGAAGGCGACGAGGUGAAGAACCCGAACCAGGCGGAGGCGGAGAUGCAAGCCCCGCAAGAGGAGUGGGAGGUCGCGGACUCCAGCAAGGACGAGGCUGCCGAAACGCCUGGCCCGUUGGCGACACCCAUGAACGCCGUGACCCGACCGCCGGUGCGUCGCUCGCACGAAUUCCUGCAGGCCAUGUACCUGGUGCAUCUUCCUGAGACGAAGCCUCCGAACCCGUACUUCCACGUGUUCCCUGUCGGCAAGGAUCUUCCUGGAGAGCAAGCUGCGUUGGUGGCUGGACUGCGAAACAACGCAGCGGAUCGCGAUACUUGGUCGGUGGAGGGCUACCAGCACGAGGUUGAUCGACUCGAAGGUCUGAAGAACGAGGCUAAGGAGGAGACCGAGCGGUUGAAGCUGCUGAUCGGUGCAACGGAUAAACUUAUUGCCGAGGAAAAGGAUCGCCUGGAGGACAAGCGCGCAGCCAGCACUCUGGAUAUUCGCAAGCACCAGCCGAGAAAGAUCCGAAACAGGCUGAAAUGCAUGGGCUGGCGCCAAACCGGACAGUGCGACCCAUACGGCAAGCGCGAGCCAAAUGCAGACCUUGCAUGCAAUCAGAUUGCGCAGGGAGGUGUGUCUGGGUACUGCGAGGUGCUGGACGAGGACACCGGCGAGUUGUUCCGCGUCAUGCAGCUCAACUGCUCCAGUGUGCGCGACCACGUCGUGUUUUCGUGCGCGGAGGCCGCUGACUUUGCGAAUUUCGGCCUCAUGGCCCAGGGCGUCUACGAAAAUGCUUUGGCGCAGAACGAGUCGAAUCCGGCCAAGCUGCUGGGCAACAACGGCACUGGCAACGGCAUUGUCAUGGUUGUGUACCCGAAGCUGCUGUCGAGUGUGUUCGCAUCGAUCAGCGUGCUACGGUCUUACAACUGCACGCUCCCUAUCGAGCUGUGGAUCUCGCAGCCGGAGGUGGUGCGCACUCCCAGCAUGCGGCCAACCCUGGAAAUGCUGCAGCAGCGGUUUGCAAAUGUCACUGUGGAAACCAUCAUCGACCCGACAAUCGCCGGGUUCUCUACCAAGAUUCACGCAGUUCAGCACAGCAAGUUCGAAAACGUACUGUUUCUCGACGCCGACAAUGUUCCUGUGCGCGACCCGACGUUCCUGUUCGAGAGCAACGAGUUCCUUGAGCACGGCGCUAUCUUCUGGCCCGACUUCUGGCAUCCCGAGAAGACGAUCUUCAACAUCCAGCGCGAGUCGCUGCUCUGGGAGCUUGUGGAUUUGCCCUUCGUGGACAUGUUCGAGCAGGAGAGCGGCCAGGUUCUCAUCAACCGAAAGCGAGCCGCUCUCGCACUCGAAGUGUUGAUGUUCUAUGCAUACCACCGCCCGAGCCACUUUGAGCGGCUGGUGUUGGCCCAUGGCGACAAGGAUCUCUUCCGCCUCGCGUGGAUGAAGACUCAUACACCUUACUACAUGAUGCCGUUCCCACCUGCGGCUGCAGGCGUGGAGCGUGGGACAUACAAGAAGCAGUUCUGCGAAGUCUCGGUUGGUGAUGGCGAGGAAAUUAUGUUCCCAGCCAAUCGGACGGCGGUGCAGCGUAUGAUGAGCUACGAGGACAUCAAGAAAAAGUACCAGAUCGGUAUUCAGCCCAGCGGUGCGCUCUUUAAAGAAUUCGAGUCGUGCUACGGCGCAGAGGCCAACGUCAUCGGCAACUACAACUUGACCAAGUUCGAAGACUUGCCUUUCGCCAAUUUAGAGCAGGAGCUGAUCGACUAUGCGCACGAAGGCGCUCUCCUGAUGGCACAGGCGCAAGGCCGGAUGCGAUACUGCGCAUUAUCUACCUCGGCCAUGGUGCUGCUGCGCCUCCUCUCGCUGUUGCUGCUGUUGCUGCCGCUCGCCUCGGCGCAGCAGUGCGCACACUUCGCGCAGGACGAUCUGCUUUCCCGCCUGGAGACGCGCGUGCCCAAGUGCCUCGGCGCCUGCGUCUCUUCUUCCGCGCUCUCGACGCUGACCGAGCGCUUCGUCGCCAACGACUUCGACCGGCGCCAGCCGCUGGCGCUCGUGCUCUUCUCCAACUCCAGCGAUCUGCUGCACGCACUAGCAGGCGCCGUGGGCUCCUCGCUCUUCGGCACCUCUCGCUCGCCCCACACGGUGCAGCGCGUGGACUUCCGGGCGCUGCUGGAGCCAGCGCGAGCCUCCAACUACGACAUCAAGCAGACGCUGCGCUCCGCGUUGACCGGGCCGCUGCGCGCCUGCCCCGAGCGCAGCCUCUUCGUGCUGGACAACGUGCAGGCGCUGGACGACUCCGCGUUGCCCGUGCUGGACGUGUUCCUUGACCCUUUGAACGGCAAGCGCGCGCAGUUCCAGCACUACGUGGAGGGCAAAGCCAGCCGCGUGUACGACUGCGCCAACUCCGUCUUCCUCUUCCUCUACAAGGUCACGGCCAGUCUGUCGCCCCUGGACGGAGGCGAAAGCGGGCCGGGCUCGACCAGCAAAUGGCGCGAGUUCCUCAUGCAGCAGUGGACGCGAGCCGAGGGAACGCUGGAGGAGUUCACACCGCAGGCGUUUGUCGGCCGACUCACGGACGCGCUGGCGGUGUUCCCACCUGAGAGCGAGGACUCCAUCGAUGAGAGCUACGAGGAGUUUAAGAAGACGCGCGAAUGGCGCCAAAUGUGCGAGCUGCAGACCAUCGAGAAGGAGGACCGCGAUGCCCAGGCGGACAGUAGCUCGGGAGACUUCGGAGGGGCUGCGAUGUCACUUGUAGCGGAAAACGUUGCUGCGGCCGCACCAAUGAUUCCUGGAGCACUCGUCAUGCUAUCAAUACCGGCGUAUUUGCUGAUUUUGACACGGGCCAAACGCUGGAACGGAGAAAUCACGAAGCAACGCGAAAGGGGCACGAUCCACCGCCGCAGCGGCGGCAGCAACAACCGACGGAAAAAGAGGAAAACGCGUAGUAAGUGA